AUGGACCACCUUCCCUUUUUCCCUGGCUUCAGCAAUGAUCCAGAUGGCAGACAAGCACAGGAAUGGCUUGAGCUCAAAUCGGGGCUGCUCCGCGGUCCCCUUUUCUCCAUAAUCUCUACAGGACGCGGCGACGCCCGACCGAUUAUGAUGCCGUCUCUCAGCGCUCCACCGCUGCCACCACUGCCUAGUAUGGGUCAGGGCCAGGGUCAGGGUCAGGGUCAAGAAGACUACCGAACUUGGCAGUCAUUCCGCUCGGAGCCUCGCGAAGGCUCACCCGAUCCCGGUCCACUGCUGGAGUUCGAGGAUGUCUUCGACGGACACGACGUACAGUCGGGCGUGGAUCCCACUGAUGGAGGCUUCGUCAGGAGUCCCAAGAGGAUGCUGGGCAACCUUCCGGCAAAUAAUAUUUCCGAUAUCCGGAAAGACUACGAAGGUCAAGAGCAUGCACAUGCACAUGCCGCCAUGAAUGCCAACCGCAAACGAUCUCGAUCUCCUGUCGACGACGACCACGACGACCACGACCACGACCACGACCACGACCACGACCACGACCACGACCACGACCACGACCACGACCACGACCACGACGAUGACCACAGCGACCACGAGAGCUCUCACCCCAACGACAACGCGUCUAGAACCGCUAGCCCCGCUCCGGUAUCACACAAGCUCAGGAACCGGCCCGCCAGGCGUAGAGGUAUCAAGCGGAGAACCACCGUCCACGUCACCUACGACGACGGCGAAAGCCUCGGACCGACAACAGUCCACGUCAGUAGUACCGACGUGGAAUGUGUUUUUCGACGGUGCUGCGCCGGUUACGCUCCAAGGCGAUACUGCCACGAUUGA